AUGGAUCGGAUGAGGCCGGUGUAUGUCAGGCAGAAGAGCAAUAGCAGUGGUGGAACCCCGGGGCAACCAAGUUCGCCAAUGAUGUCACCAAUGCACCACCAUGGGAGGUCGGGGUCGGUUGGAAUAGUGGGUGCGAAGAAAGCGCAGCACACGAAAGCCGCAGCGCAAAGGCUUGCACAUGUGAUGGCUCACAAACAAACUGAUGACGAUGAUGAGGAGGACGACGAUCUUUCUUAUGAUCUUGGCUUGUCAAGCGGCACAGGCAGCCUCGGACUUGUAGGCGGAAGAUCAAUGCGCCCACGCUCUCCAAUGUCAGUUCGUGCUGCCCAAGAACAAUCUACAUCUACACGGGGACGAUCAUCACCGUCUCUUAACUCGAUGGAACAACCAUCUUCUACCCAUUCGACGCCAGCUAGUCGACCAUAUCAGUACGCAGAGCAACAGUCAUCAGCUCAUUCACUACCAGCAAGCCGACCAUACAAAUCCAUCAACACGAAACCCAUUAACUCUGUUGUAGAACAGCCACAUUCUCUUCGCUCUUCAGUGGCUACUAGGUCAUCUCAGACUUCGAACUCCAACGAAUUACCUACCUCUGCUCGUUCUAUAUCAGGCAUGAACUUUGCUCGAUCAUCUCAGCCAACUAAUGCUGUCGAACAACCUACAUCUGCUCGUUCUGUAUCGGGCAUGAACUCUGCUCGAUCAUCUCAGCCAACCCCUGCUGUCGAACAACCUACCUCUGCUCGUUCUAUACCAGGCUUGAACUCUGCUCGGCCAUCUCAGCCUACCAGUGCUGUCGAACAACCUACCUCUGCUCGUUCUUUAGCUGCUGCACGUCCGCAGUUAGGAACCAAGCCAGUCCACAUGGUGCCAGCUACUGUACCUAUAUCACUUAGGCCACCCUCUUCUGCAGAUCCUCCAGCUGAUAAUCGGAAAGAGCCAGCACCUAUAUCACUUAGGCCACCAUCUACACCCGUUGGAACAGAUGCUUCAGCUGAUAAUCGGAGAGAUAAAAGGAUGUCUUUGGAUUUAGGGACUUUUAACAUGAGAGAAAAUCGGGCGCAGCGUUCUUCUGCUCUAGAAGACGAGCUUGAUAUGCUCCAAGAAGAAAACGAAAAUCUACUUGAAAAGCUUCGACUUGCAGAAGAGAGGUGCGACGAAACAGAAGCAAGGGCUCGACAGCUUGAGCAGCAGGUUGCUAAUCUUGGCGAAGGUGUAACAUUGGAAGCCCGUCUUCUAAGCAGAAAGGAGGCAGCACUGCAGCAAAGGGAGGCUGCUUUGAGAGAGGCUGCACAGACUCAAGGUGGUAGUGGUCAUGGUGGUAGAAAUGACGAAGCAGAGUACGAACUGAGAUCACUUCGGAUUAUGACUCAACGAAUGAUACUGAGUCGUGAAGAGAUGGAAGAGGUGGUCUUGAAGAGAUCUUGGCUAGCUCGGUACUGGAGCUUAUGCGUUGAGCAUGGUAUUCAUGCUGAAAUAGCGACAUCAAGAUAUGAAUUCUGGUCAUCGCUUGCUCCUCAUCCAGCUGAAGCUGUAUUAGCAGCCGGACAAAAAGCGAAAGAUGAGAUAGACAACAACGAUCUAGAUGAAAGAGAAGAUAGUCCACGAGAUUUGAAUGAACUCUCAGGCGAGAGAAACAUUGAGAGCAUGCUCUUGGUGGAGAAGGGUCUGCGCGAACUUGCUUCGUUGAAGGUAGAGGAGGCGGUGGCAGUUGCAAUGGCUCAACAGCGACGCCCUAGUUCAAUGAAAACUGGUGUUAUAGAUUUGAAGCUACCAAUUGAUGGACAGUUCGAAGCAUUUGUACUCAGCAAAGAGGAGUCUGAAGAUAUACUUUUCAAGCAGGCUUGGCUUGCAUAUUUCUGGAGAAGAGCUAAAAACCAUGGAGUGGAACCAGAUAUAGCAGAUGAACGCUUGCAAUUCUGGAUCAACCACAACUCCAAGUCACCUGCCACCUCACAUGAUGCAGUUGAUGUUGAGCGUGGUCUUCUGGAGCUGAAGAAGUUGGGAAUCGAAACCCAGUUAUGGAGAGAAUCACGGAAAUGGCUUGAGCAUGAUUCGAUGCAUAGAACGAAAAGUCUGUCCGACUUCUGAUAUAUGAAAACUUUGUGCGCAAGCUUAAGAUCAGUGUUAACCACGGUAUGGCUGAAUGUAAAAGAGGUCUCUUCGUCUCAAGAACACCAAACUCAAUCAUCAGAUAUUCAUUCAUAUAUUUGUGUACAAGAUUUCUA